UGAAAAUGAAACAAUUACUUUGAGAAGUAGUGACGGCAUAGAAUUUCAUAUUGAUGCACGUAUCGCUAAUCGUUAUACUUUGCUUAACAAUUGGAAUGGUGAAAAUGCAUCUCUUCCUAAUGUUACUGGAAAAGUCUUGGAAAAGGUUCUCGAAUGGUGUGAACAUCAUAUUAACGAUCCACCCCUUAAUUAUGAUAAUGACGAUUCCCGAAGAAGAAAUUUUGAAAUCGAUGAUUGGGACGAAAAUUUCAUAAAUUGUGUCAAUCAGGACAUGCUCUUUGAAAUCAUUCUGGCUGCAAAUUAUUUGGACAUAAAACCAUUAUUGGAUAUCGGCUGCAAGACUGUCGCCAAUAUGAUUAAGAGUAAAUCACUCGAAGAAAUUAGAUCUACUUUUAAUAUUGUUAAUGAUUUCACUCCAGAAGAAGAAGAAGCUAUUCGUAGAGAAAACGAAUGGGCUGAUGAUCAAUAA